CCGGUGUGUGUCGAGUCUUUGUGUGACAGAAGCUGCGGAGCCUGAAGAUCCACCGGCAGACCGGAGACAAAGACCGCCAGAGAGAGAGAGACAGACAGACAGACAGGCGGUCAGAGAGACAGACAGGCUGUCAGAGAGACAGACAGGCGGUCACAGAGACAGACAGGCUGCAGGAGAGACACACAGGCGGAGAGACAGAUAGACGCUAUGCGCGGAGGCACGCGCUGCUGGAGCGACAGGCACGAGCUCAGGUAGCUCUGAGGUGAGACAGCUUGUGAUUGGUAGUUGCCAUGGUGCCCAGGCCGUCGUCAGGGGAACUGUGGGGGCUCCACCUGAUGCCCCCCCGCAUCCUGGUGGACUGCUGCCUGCCCAACGGGAUGAUGGUGAGUCUCGAGUGUCUCAGAGAAACUCCUCUCAUUAGCAUCAAGCAGCAACUUUUUACUGAAGCUAAGAAGUACCCGCUGUACCACCUGCUGCAGGAGGAGUCGUGCUACAUCUUUGUGGGCGUGACCCAGGAGGCGGAGAGGGAGGAGUUCUACGACGAGACGCGGCGGCUGUGUGACCUCCGACUGUUUCAUCCGAUCCUGAAGGUCAUUGAGCCGCUCGGCAACCGGGAGGAGAAAAUCCUGAACCGAGAGAUAGGGUUUGCCAUCGGGAUGCCGGUCUGUGAGUUUGAGAUGAUGAAGGACCCGGAGGUUCAGGACUUCCGCCGCUCCAUACUGAGCGUGUGCAGAGAGGCUAUGGAGGAGAGGGAGGGGGGUGGGGCCCACAGCCAGGCGCUGUAUGUUUACCCCCCCAACGUGGAGUCCAGCCCCCAGCUGCCCCAGCACAUCUACAGCAAGCUGGACAAAGGGAGACUGAUUGUGACCAUCUGGGUGAUUGUGUCUCCGUCCAACUCCAAACAAAAAUAUACCCUAAAGGUGAGUCACGACAGUUUACCUGAGCAGCUGAUAGCAGAGUCCAUCAGGAAGAAGAGCCGAUCCAUGCACCUGUCCCCCCAACAGCUCCGCCUCUGUGUCCAGGAGUACCAGGGACAGUACAUCCUUAAGGUGUGUGGCUGUGAUGAGUACCUGUUGGAGAAGUAUCCUCUCAGUCAGUAUAAGUAUAUCCGAUCCUGUAUCAUUGUGGGUCGUCUUCCUCACCUGAUGCUGGUCUCCAAAGACAGUCUGUACUCUCAGCUUCCCGCAUCCGGCUUCGUGACGCCCUCAUACAGCCGUCGGACUCCUCAGCCGUCUCCAUGUCCUGGAGGAGGGGACGGUUCUCCUCCUCGCUCUCUGUGGGCCUUCAACACGCUACUGAGGGUCCGCCUGCUCUGCGCCACCUACGUCAACGUCAACAUCCGAGACAUCGACAAGAUAUAUGUGAGGACCGGUAUCUAUCACGGUGGAGAGCCGCUCUGUGACAACGUCAACACACAGAGAGUCCCCUGUUCGAACCCCAGGUGGAACGAGUGGCUGGCCUAUGACCUGUACCUGGCAGAUCUGCCCCGCUCAGCCAGACUCUGCCUGUCUAUCUGCUCUGUAAAGGGAAGGAAAGGAGCCAAGGAGGAGCACUGUCCUCUGGCCUGGGGGAACGUGAACCUGUUUGACUACACAGACAUUCUGGUUUCUGGUAAAGUGGCGCUCAGUCUGUGGCCGGUCCCUCACGGCCUCGAGGACCUACUGAACCCCAUCGGGGUCGCCGGGUCAAACCCCAACAAGGAGACGCCCUGUGUGGAGCUGGAGUUCUCCUGGUUCAAUCAGACGGUCGUGUUUCCUGACGAGCAGCAGAUAGAAGAACACGCCAACUGGACCAUCAGCCGAGAGCUGGGCUACAAUUACUGCCACGGACUGAGCAGUCGCCUGGCGUGUGACAGCAGUGUUUCAGCAGCAGAUGCGGAGCAGCUUCGCUCUAUGUGUUCAAGAGAUCCUCUGUACGAGCUGUCGGAGCAGGAGAAGGACUUCCUGUGGAGGCACAGACAUUACUGUGUAAAGAUCCCAGAGUCUCUUCCUAAACUGCUUCAGUCUGUCAAAUGGAACUCCAGAGACGAAGUGUCCCAGAUGUACUGCCUGCUGAAGGAGUGGCCCCUGAUGGAGCCGGAGUCGGCUCUGGAGCUACUGGACUGUAACUUCCCGGACCCGAUGGUGAGAGAGUUUGCUCUGCGCUGCCUGGUGCAGAACCUGAGUGACGACAAGCUGUCCCAGUACCUGCUGCAGCUCGUACAGGUGUUGAAGUACGAGAUGUACCUGGACAAUCCUCUGGCCCGCUUCCUGAUCAAGAAGGCUCUGACCAAUCAGAGGAUAGGACACUUCUUCUUCUGGCACCUGAAGUCAGAGAUGCACAACAAGACGGUGUCCCGGCGCUUCGGCCUGCUGCUGGAAGCUUUCUGCAGAGCCUGUGGCAUGUACCUGAAACACCUGAACCGACAGGUGGAGGCCAUGGAUAAACUGGUGAAUCUGACCGACACACUGAAACAAGAGAAGAAGGACGAAACACAGAAGACUCAGAUGAAGUUCUUGGUUGAACACAUGUCUCGUCCUGAUUACAUGGAGGCUCUUCAGGGAUUUGUCUCUCCUCUGAACCCUGUCCACCAGCUGGGAAACCUCAGGCUGGAGGAGUGCCGGAUCAUGUCCUCGGCAAAGCGCCCCCUGUGGUUGAACUGGGAGAACCCGGACAUCAUGUCUGAGCUGCUCUUCACCAACAACGAGAUCAUCUUCAAGAACGGAGACGACCUCAGGCAGGACAUGCUGACUCUGCAGAUUAUUAAGAUCAUGGAGAACAUCUGGCAGAAUCAGGGCCUGGACCUGCGCAUGCUGCCCUACGGCUGCCUGUCCAUCGGGGACUGUGUGGGUCUGAUCGAGGUGGUGAAGAACAGUUUCACCAUCAUGCAGAUUCAGUGUAAAGGAGGCCUGAAGGGAGCGCUGCAGUUCAACUCCAACACACUGCACCACUGGAUCAGGGACAAGAACCGGGGGGAAGCGUACGACCGGGCCAUCGACCUGUUCACCAGGUCGUGUGCAGGUUACUGCGUUGCGACUUUCAUUCUGGGAAUCGGAGACCGACACAAUUCCAACAUCAUGCUGAAGGAGAACGGACAGCUGUUCCACAUCGACUUUGGUCACUUCUUGGAUCACAAGAAGAAGAAGUUUGGCUACAAGAGAGAGCGCGUCCCCUUCGUCCUGACGCAGGACUUCCUCAUCGUCAUCAGUAAAGGAGUCCAGGAGUCCACCAAGACAAAGGAGUUUGAGAGGUUCCAGGAGAUGUGUUACAAAGCUUACCUGGCCAUCCGGCAGCACGCCAGCCUCUUCAUCAACCUCUUCUCCCUGCUGCUGGGCUGCGGCAUGCCCGAGCUGCAGAGCUUCGACGACAUUGCCUACCUGAGGAAGACCCUGGCCCUGGAGAAGAGUCAGCAGGAGGCAUUGGAAUAUUUCACCAAACAGAUGAACGACGCUCAUCACGGAGGAUGGAGCACCAAGAUGGACUGGAUCUUCCACACAAUCAGACACAUGCCCAACGAGCACUGACACACACACACACACACACACACACACACACACACACACACGCAGACACACACACACACACACACACACACACAGAUACACACAUUUACACAGACACACACAAAGACACACAUUUACACAGACACACUCACACAGACGCACUGUAUUUACUGCACUACUGUGAUGAAGAUGCUGACGAAGAAAUUGAUAAUGAAGAUGAUGACAUUGUUUUGGUUUUUAUCGUUGUGACGUGUUGUUGGCAGGAUGGUUGUCAUAGCAACGUGAAUCUCAGGGUCACAGGUGGGGGGGGGGGGGGGGGGGUGAUGAUGUCACAGCUGUCUUCCAGUCUUUAAAAACUUUAAUGUUUGAAACUUUAUAAACCGUUUGAAUGAAACCAGCGACGUGAACACUGUGAGAGCAAUAAAACCUCAGACAAUCAGCACUUCUGACCAAUAGGAGGGCAGCAGAGCAGCUGUGUGCGGGGCAGACCAGCUGACCAAUAGUAGGGCAGGACAGCAGCUGUGGGUGGGGCAGACGGGCUGACCAAUAGGAGGGCAGCAGAGCAGCUAUGGGCAGGGCCACAGACCAAACUGACCAAUAGGAAGGCAGCUGAGCAGCUGUGGGCAGGGCCACAGACCAAGCAGACCAAUCAGGUUUGUUUGAACUGUUUAAUCCAGUUAUAUAAAUGUUCAUUAUUAUUAUUAGUUAGAAUUUGUUUUAUUUAAUUAAUUAGACUUGAUUUUGACAAUCUUUGAUCAAAUGUUUAAACUAUGUUUCAGAUUUUACACAAAUGUUUGUUAUAAUAAUAUUUAUCAUUAGUUGUUUUAAUCUAUGUUUUUGUCAUAAAUAUACAACUUUAGUCUUAAGGUAUUUCGGCAGUUUUAUUAAAUUAAUACAGUUACAAUUUCUGCCAAAUUACUGAGAUUUAAUAUUAUUUUAAAUUUUUCUGGUAAAUUUUGUAUUAAAGAGAAAAGUGACCAUCCACAGGAUUAAAUAUUGUUUAAUUGAAUUUUAAUAUAUUUCACGGAUCAGGGAUCAAAGUCUGAACCAAUCAGCUGCUCCUUAGCCGUUACCUCGUUCUGAACGAAUAAGGAGCUCGUUAGCCGUUAGCUCGGUCUGAACCAAUCAUCUGCUCCUUAGUGCUUAGCUGUAAGCUCAGUCUGAACCAAUCAGCUGCUGGUUAGCUUUUAAUCGUUGGCUCGGUCUGAACCAAUCAGCUGCUUGUUAGCUGUUUGCCGUAAGCUCGGUCUGAACCAAUCAGCUGCUCGUUAGCUGUUAGCCGUUAGCUCGGUCAGGUGUUUGUUCGCCUAAGUUGCACUAUGACUAAUGCUAAGCUAGUUGUUAGCAUCGGUUCACAGACGGGUAAAAGGUGAAGGUCAGAGGUCACGCUUGUAACCAUGACAACCUGCUGCAUGCUGAUCCUUUUGUUGUGACAUCAUCGGCUGGUUACCAUAGUGACUGAAUAUUUAUUGAUGAUUGAUCAGUUUUUAUUGUCACUUUUUUCUAAUAAAAAAUGAACCACAGAGAACGUGUUCUCCACGUCCAUAUAUGGUGAUGAAGUUAUACCUGGGGGGCGGAGCCUGAUGUGUGACAUCACGCUGC